AUGCGCUUUGCUGGACUUGCAGACUUUGUGACAGCAGUCAUGGUUUUACUGGGCUCCUUAACAUGGACAAUCAUCUCCUAUAUGUACAUCUUCUCCACUGUGCUGAAGAUCACAUCUGCCUCAGGAAUACAAAAGGUUUUCUCCACUUGUGGUGCUCAUAUCUCUGUCGCCUCUCUAUACAAGGGCAGUGCCAUAUUCAUAUAUAUGAGAAUUUCACAGACUUCUCUUGAUAUCAAGAAGGUUGUGAAUGUGCUGUCCUCAGUGGUCACACCUUCACUAAAUCUGUUCAUCUACACCUUGAGGAAUGAGAAAGUGAAAGAGGCCUUGAUAAUUCUUUUCACACAACAGUAUUUCAUGAAGCUAGGAGUGCCUAAGCAACAUAAUUCAUUCUCUCACAUCAGAUAUGGUGAACCUUUAUCUUCACAUCCAGACAUGGAGGAAAUGUUUAUAUAG